AUGAAUGAGUUCGAGAAUACCCUCCUCAGUCGUCUGGCAACCUCCCUCUGGGGGCUUGUUCCUGGAAAAAGAGUCCAUAAAGCCUUAAGGUAUGGCCUAGACAAACACCUGCCUCCCAAUGCCCACGAGCUGGUGUCUGGAAAGCUGCACAUUGUCCUCACCCGUGUGCGCGACUGGAAAAGCGUGACCGUGUCCGAGUUUGCCUCCAAGGAGGACCUGAUCCAGGCCAUACUGUGCAGCUGCUUCAUCCCAGGGUAUUUUGGAUUUUUCCCUCCUAAGUACCGUGGGGUGUGUUACGUGGACGGGGAACUGGCCAUGUGGAAAGCUGACUUCGUGUCCCAGAACACCAUCACCGUGUCUGCCUUCGCCGGCGAGUACGACAUCUGCCCCCGGGACGGCGCCGCCGCCUUCCUCAACUUCCAGCUCUCUGACUGCACUUUGCACCUCUCCACGAGGAACCUCUGCCGCUUACAGCACAUUUUUCAGCUCCCCAAACGCCAAGUCAUGGACCGGUUUUUUGCCUCUGGCUACCAGGACACGGUCUGCUUCUUAAAGAGACUGAGUAAGUGA